GCAGCCAGUCAUUCCCCCAAAAACACAUAUAUCAUGUGAGACAAAUCCCUGCAAAUUCACCCCACCCGCUUUCCAGGCACCUUCAUCCAUCCAUUAAUAAAUAAUUGCCCCCAAUAGAAAACCCCCACUUUUGUUUUUAUUAUUAUUAUUAUUGUUAUUGCAUAUAUAUGUUUUCUCAUACUUUACACCUCUAAAAUUAUCUUAAGAUCUAAUAAUAAUUAUAUAUACAACUAAAAACCCCUAUUAUCUUUAAACCCUGGUUGUAUUGUUAAUCAUCAUUAAUGAUUCUGCGCUAUAUAGGACUCAAAGGUGAACUUCCGAGUACGAGUCUUUGCUGUUUAAAUAAGAAUGUUUAAAUAAGAAAGAAGAUGGAUUCUCCUUAUUUGUUGGAAAGUGCUCUCAAGGAUAUUCUUCGAGUAGUCAAUCCAACAGAGGAUGAUUGGUCAAAACGGUUUACAGUUAUUAAUGAGAUUCGAGCUGUUAUUAAAUCUUUGGAAAUACUUAGAGGUGCAACAGUCGAGCCUUUUGGCUCAUUUGUGUCUAACCUCUUUACAAGAUGGGGAGAUUUAGAUAUAUCAAUCGAGUUACCUAAUGGUUCUUACAUUCCUUCUGCUGGGAAAAAACACAAGCAGACUUUAUUAUUGGACGUUCUAAACGCUUUAAAAAGAAAAGGUGGAUUCCAUGCUAUUAAAUAUAUUUCACAUGCAAGAGUACCUAUAUUGAAAUGUGAUAGCAACAAGGAUAAUAUAUCUUGUGAUAUAUCUGUCAACAAUUUGAUCGGUCAGAUGAAGUCAAAAAUGCUAUUUUGGAUUAACGAUCUUGACCCACGUUUUCGUGACAUGGUCUUAAUUGUCAAAGAAUGGGCAAAGGCACAUGGUAUCAAUGACCCCAAAAAUGGAACCUUAAAUUCAUAUUCUCUUAGCUUACUUAUAAUAUUCCAUUUUCAGACUUGUGAACCAGCUAUUCUUCCCCCUCUGAGUGAAUUUUACCCUGGGAACAUGGCUGCUGAUCUUACAGGUAUAAGAGCUAUUGCUGAGAAAAAUAUAGAAGAUAUUGUUAGUGCGAAUACAAACAGGAUAAAAUCAGAUAGGUCGAGAAUGAUUAAUACAAGCUCUAUGGCUGAUCUUUUUAUUUCGUUUCUUGCUAAGUUUAGUGACAUCAAUUUAAAAGCUGAAACCCAGGGGAUUAGUACGCAUAAUGGACAGUGGGAAGACAUUAAUACUAACAUGAUCUGGCAACCUAAAACUUAUGCGCUUUUUAUUGAGGACCCAUUUGAGCAACCAAUGAAUUGUGCAAGGGCUGUUGGGACACGGAACCUAAAUAAGAUUGCACAUGCAUUCCAAAGUAGCCAUCAGAUGCUCAGAUCUGCCAAUCAACACCCGCUUGCUGUUCUAGUGAGGCCUGAAGUAUUGAGCAUCAUAUCUAGAUCUCAAGUUGCAAGCUCUGGUAUCCUUGGCAUGAAUCCUCAAAGCAUUCAACCACAGGCUUACAUAAACCCUGUUAGGGGCCCAAUGAGACCUCAUAUACAGCAUCCGUACAAUGCUAAUCAAAAUCAAAAUAGAAAUGGUUAUUCACAGGCUAAUAGAGGUGCAAAUGCACCCACACAACUUCAACAGAGAUAUGUGUAUCAAAACAAUCCAAACAUGGUUAAUCAGAUACCCUUGCAAGGAAGUCGAAGUCAAAUUCCAGUUCAGCAGUUUCAAAGAAACCCGAAUAAUGGUGUGAGCCAGAGGCCACCUGGACAGUCUUCUCGAUAUCAACACUUUCAGCCAAAGUGGAGGCCAAGACCUGAGAAAUGAGUAUAUUCUUCAAAAAUACAGAGCUAUAGUCUUAUUGGAAGCUUAAUGUUUUUUUGUUAUACCUUUCGGGAGAUAUCUGUAAUGAUUUGUUUGGCUUGACCUUGCAUGAUUUUUGAUUUACUAGCAUUGAUAUUGUAAUGCAUUGUAUGAAUUUUGCUCUUGCUGAGAACUAAAUUUGAA